AUGGCCCAGUCGAGUUAUAAACUGUUGCAAGACCCCCAAAAUUCGACCAACUACGAGUGUCUGACUGCCGGUGACGACUUGGAAUGGGGAUGGGAUCCCUUGGAAUCAAACACUGAUGUGAAAAUAUCAGACGACACGUUAAAGGUAGUAAUUCAUCCAAACUCUAGCCGUGGUACCGGAGCGGUUCGUGGUGACAUGCCGUUCGUUCCGGGUCAUAUCUACUAUUGGGAGAUCAAAGUGGACGGUUCACUUAUGGCCACCGACAUGAUAGUUGGUGUUGGCACAAAAGAUUUCGACUUGGAGAGCUCUAAAAACGAAUAUACUAGUCUAAUAGGAUCGGAUGAGAAAUCGUGGGGAUAUUCUUAUAAAGGUGUCAAACACCACGGCGGAGAAAGUUUGAUGUAUGGUCAGAGAUAUGAUCUUGGUAAAGCAUUGAUAGGAGUUCGAUUGGAUAUGUGCAGAGGGACAUUGGAAUUUUUCCAUAAUAGAAUUCCGUUAGGUGUGGCUUUUGAAAAACUAAAUAAUACACAUCUCCUCUACCCGAUGGUAUGCUCCACUGCAUGCCGAACUCGUUUCACUAUAAAAUACUGCCGUUCGUUGCCAGUAAACCUGCAACUAUAUUGUUUGCAAGCUUUUGACUCUAGUAAGAGUUCAUUAAUACCAUUUGGUAUUUUGAAAAUGGUAAUGGACUCUUGGUGGAUUCCUAAAUCCUAUUCGUCAUAA